CACGCAUACACACAGAGCGCCAAAGCCAAAUGAGAAAGACGAAACGAAAAAUAAAACAUCAACUAACAUAAAAUCAUAUACAUGUAUAUCUCGUCACCGGCCAAGAGAGACUGUGGAAAACGCCAGUUCCAUAUUGCACGCAACAUACAUACAAAAAUUCCAAGACCAUUGUGCAAUGAAGAGUGCGUACAUGCUGCCAACGAGACCAGAGUAAAAUUGUUGUCGAGAAAGAAAAAAAACCAGAAAAAUUCGUUCACCAGAGGAAAAAUCAUUGAAUUAUCUGAAAAUUAUUUUGAGAGAUUGUCUGUGUGUGUGCGAGAGAGAGAGAGAGAGUGUGUGUGUAUGAAAAGUAGAGAGAAGCAAAAAUAGAGUAAUUGUAAUUAGCAAAAUUGUGGAAUUGAAUGCAAAGGAAAAGAGUGCAAGUGACGAAAUUUUAAAUAAGACGAGUAGCACCAGUAGCACAGCUGAUAGUGUGUAUACAAAGUAGACGAAAUAAUAAAUCCAACGUGCAAUUCAAAUUUGAAGAGAGAAAGAGAAGGAGAGCACAAGAGUGCAGAAUUUAUUUCUUAAAAACGACUUCGAAAAAAUGUGAAAUAAAAAAUCCAGUUUUUUCUGUCAUAAAUGAAGAAAUUUCGUAGUAGAAAUAUCAUUAAUAAUACCAACAAAUGAAAUUGUGCAAAUUAGCCGAGACAACAACAUUAACGGCUGCUGCAUCAACAUCAAUCGUAUUCGUGUUACGAAUCGUAACCGUUGCCGCGACCAAACGCCAGAUAAGUGGAAAGAAAAACAUGAUUCCAAUGGUCGUUUUCAUAUUGUUCGGUAUCAGUAUGAAUUUGGUACGUGCAGAAAAUCAAUAUCGGCAACCGCAUCAACAGCAGCAGCAACAGCAACGAUACCAAAAUAAUAACAACCAGCGACAACAACAAUUACAGCCAAAUAUAUCGGAUGUCGACAAUUCUGCGUAUUAUUACGAAGAUGAUGAGGGCGAUGUAGGAACGCAAGCAACAAAUAUCAACGAACUAUUUGAUUUUGCAUUGGAAUUGUUGUGGUCGCUGGUCACAAAAAAUGGUUGGGAUCAAACUAAAUUGCCCGACAUAUCUGAAGGAUUUUCAUAUAGACCGUUGCUAAUCAAUUACAAUGCCGGGGUUUUAAUGACGAACGGUAUGCUGUGGAAUAUACAUAAAAUUGCUAGAUACGGUGAUACUUACAUGUAUCUGGAUCGCCAUAAGCUUAAGUUUUCGGGAAAUUUACUAAUUGAAAAAGUUAAUUUUAGCUACGAUGUUAAGGCCGGUGUUAUGGGUUUGGGACCAACAAUUACUGUUGAUGGAACGGUCGUUGAAACAAUUUUAGGUGGUGAUUUUUCAAUUGCACUCAACGACACCAAUUUCAAUUUGGACGAUUUGAAAAUAUUAUCGCUCGGCCAUAUACGCGUUCAAUUGACCAGUGGCAAUUUAUUGCGAACAGUGUCUGGACCAUUUUUAACAAUAAUCACACAAUUAUUUCGCACCAAAAUCAGCACAUCAGCAUCGGAUGGCAUCAAGGAUUAUGUCGGUGAUUUAAUUAAUUAUGCAAAUAAAAUCGAUUUAUUCGAAUUGAAAAAAUUCAUUCGAAUACUUUUAGGUAAUAUGAAGGUAUAAUAUGACAGCCUAGAAUUAUUAUUUAAUUUAUUGAUUGUAUUAACAUAAAACCAACAAUUAAAAUGCUAUUAUUAAUUAUAGUUAUUAAGGAGAUGAACGAAUGUUAAACGAAUGAGUAUGAAUACAAACAGGCAAACUAAUUAUUAUUAUCAUUUUUUUAACCAAAGACAAGAAAAUAAAAUAAAACCGCAAUUAUGUGAAUUUUUUUAA